UAAAGGGUGAUUUAACUAAAAUUAUCAUAAAUUUUCAGUCAUCUUAGAAACUUUUUUUUAACAAAAAUCAUAUGACUUCCAAUGAUAAAUUGAAUACACCACUUUAGGUCAAUCUCCAACCAAACUGCAAAACACUAUUAAAAAUCUUCAACCCAACUGCAAAAAUCACAACAUUUUAGUAUCACACUAUAAUUUUACAUCAAAUUUGGUGUGAUACUAUUCACCACACUAUAAUACUAUUCACUCCAUUAAUAGAUUAUUCACUUAUUUUAUUAAUAAAAUAUACAAUUAAAUAAAUAACAAAUAAAAAGUUAAAUAUAUAUAAUAUUAUAAAAUAACAGUGAAAUUUAGUGUUAUGAUUGGAGAAAAACAUUUUUUUUAGUGUUGAAACUACACCAAAAGAAUAUGAUUUUGACAUUAAAAUAGUGUUAUGGGUUCGAUAUGAUCUUAGUGCGCAGUCAGAACCGCAUAAUAUUUUUGUCUUAAUAGUUUCGUUUUGUCCACAAUAAAAUUGAUAAUUGGAUCUCUCUAUCAAAUAGACUGGUUAUGUCGCAUAUUCUUUGAUAGAGAGUUUUCUUCACUUCUAGGAAUGAUUUGUCUUCAGCAUAUGUUCUGCUUAUGUAAUAAUUUGUAUUUCAUAUUGCUUUGUAUAUGAUUCUAUAACUCUAUUUGUACGUUGGUAUAUUAAUAAAAUCUAUUUAGAUGAAAAAAAAAAAGACUGGUUUAAGAGGCAACCAAUGAUUAUUAGUAAGUUACGUAAGUAUUUCGAAUGGGCUUUUAUUUUGUGAUGUUAAAUUAGGAAAAUGACAUUACGAUUGAUUGAAAGAGCAAUGUUAUUUCCAAUGGCAAAAAGUGUAAUAUUAAAAAGUUAUUUCUAAAAUGUACUUCAAUUUUAAUAGUAUAAAUAAAUUAAUAAAUUUGAUAUGUACUACUUUUACAUCUACUGCUACUAAUUUUGUUUUUGAAUUUUGAGAUAUUUAUAAUAUUUUUAGAGUGUUUGGUUGAAAUUUAUUAGUCAAAAGGUAAAAUCUCAUAAUUCAAGAUGAUUUAACUAAAAUUGGUUUUUUAUUUUCAAUUCAUCUCAAAUCAUUUAAACUUUUUUACAAAAAAUCAAAUGACUUCAAUUGAUAAUUUGAAUACACCAACUUAGUGCUCUCUUUUGACUUCCAACUAUAAGUCAGAACCGCGUAAUAUUCUUCUGUCUUGAUAGUUUCGUUUUGUCCACAUUAAUAACUCAAAUUCAUUGAAAUUGAUUUGAAGGUCAUUCAUCUCCUCCACACAAAUGACUCGAAAUAACAGACCACACACAUUGUCCGAAAGACCUUGACUUUUAACAUUUCUAAUAUUCCGGCAUCUAAAGCAUAAGUCCAUGCUCUUGAAAUUUGCGUAUGCCUUAAAAAGAUCUCUUACUUCAUACCAUCAUCAAAGUCAAGAAAGCUCAAGAUUCUCAAUGGGCAUAGCAAGAAGAUCCAUACCAACACUCAUGUUCCUGCUCUUUCUAUCAUCAAACGUUCUCGCUGACGCCUCCACAACAACAGUGUUCACUUUCCUUGGUUUCAGAGGAAACCAAACCGAAAUUCAAACCGAACAAGCAGCGACGAUUCAAGAAACCGAUGGUCUACUCAGACUAACUAACCGGGACCACAACGUGACCGGAACAGCGUUCUACCGCGAACCAAUCAGACUCCGUGACGGGUCAUCCAACAAACUAUGUUCCUUCAGCACAUCUUUCGUCUUCGUCAUAAUCCCAUCUAGUCCCGGAAACGGCGGUUUCGGCUUCACAUUCACGCUUUCGCCGACCCCGAACCGUCCCGGAGCCGAGUCAGCUCAGUAUUUAGGCCUUCUGAACAGAUCCAGCAACGGAGAUCCGUCCAACCACGUCUUCGCCGUGGAGUUCGACACGGUGCAAGGGUUCAAAGACGGAGACGACAGGAGAGGAAACCACGUCGGUCUCGACUUCAACAACCUCUCCUCGGCUGUACAGGAGCCCAUCAUUUACCACGACACGGAUGAUCGAAAAGAGGAUUUUCAGCUAGAGAGCGGAGAACCGAUCCAAGCUCAUCUGGACUACGAUGGACCAACCGACAGUUUAAACGUUACAGUCUAUCCUACGCGAAUCGGGUUCAAACCCGAGACGCCUAUGAUCUCGCGACAAGUUUUGAACUUGUCGCAGAUCGUGACGAAGGAGGAGGUGUACGUGGGGUUCACCUCCGCGACUGGCAAAGGCCAGUCUAGCGCUCACUACGUGAUGGGUUGGAGCUUCGCCAGCUCAUGUGGAGAGAGUCCAGUAUCUAGCUGGCUCAAUGUCUCUCUCCUCCCUCGUCCGCCUCCAAACGUGAGCAGCAAGAAAGGCUACGACUCUCCAGUCGUAGCCUUGAUUGCAUCUUUAUCGAUCGUCACCCUGUUCCUCCUUGCCUUGCUGUUUGUAUUCGUUAUGUACAAGAGGCGGAUAGAAGAAGGAGAGGCUUUAGAGGAUUGGGAGAUUGAUUAUCCUCACAGGUUUAAUUACAAAGAUCUCUACUUAGCUACUAAGAGAUUCAAAGAGAGUGAGAUCAUCGGCUCGGGAGGGUUCGGGACCGUGUACAGAGGAAACUUACCGUCUUUGGGGGCUGUCGCGGUGAAGAGGAUAACUCAAACAAGCCAACAAGGUUUUAGAGAGUUUGUGGCGGAGAUCGAGAGCUUAGGUAGGUUAAGCCACAAGAACCUAGUGAACCUUCAAGGAUGGUGCAAACACAAGAAAGACCUCUUGUUGGUUUACGAUUAUAUCCCCAACGGUAGCCUCGACUCGCUGCUUUACACAACGCCGAGGCGAAACGGAGUCGUUUUGACGUGGGAGGAGCGUUUCGAGAUCAUAAAGGGAGUCGCCUCGGGGCUGUUGUAUCUCCACGAGGAGUGGGAGCAGGUCGUGAUUCACAGAGACGUGAAAACCAGUAACGUUCUCGUGGACGCUGAGAUGAACGCUAAGCUGGGAGACUUCGGGCUCGCGAGGCUUUACGAACGCGGAACGCUAACGCAGACCACGAAAGUGGUCGGGACGUUAGGGUACAUGGCGCCUGAGCUCACGCGCAACGGGAAAGGCUCGACCGCGUCUGACGUUUUCGCGUUUGGCGUUUUGUUGUUGGAGAUUGUGUGCGGGAAGAGGCCGACGAAUACGGAGAACUUCUUUUUAGCUGAUUGGGUUAUGGACUUUCACACGAACGGUGGAGUGCUUCGCGCGGUUGAUCAGAAACUCGGGUCUAGUUUUAACGGUAGAGAGGCGAAGCUAGCUCUCGUUGUGGGGUUGUUAUGUUGCCAUCAGAAACCAACGGCUAGGCCAACGAUGAGGAACGUGAUUAGAUAUUUGAAUGGGGACGAGGAUCUUCCGGAGAUUGAUGGAAACUUGGGGUUUUCAGAUUCUUCUAGAGAUCAUCUAAGGGCGAAUGUUGCAUGUAAUGUUUCAUCUGAUAUAGCGUCGAGCUCGACUACGUUUUCGUUUUCCACGGAGGUUUCUACGGCCUCUCUCGGUAAUGGUAGAUAGUUAACCAUAGCAAAUUCGUACAUAACUUGCUUAUGUGAAUGUAAACAGAUGUUAGAUAUUACCGUUUGGCUGCAGCUUAAGUUUGGUUUCAAGUUCUUGUACAAAUUAAAGAUACUUUUUUUUUACUGAUACAAAUUAAAGAUACUUCAAAAAAUUAUUUUUUUGUUUCUUCUA